AUGCAGCAAUGGAGUCUUCUGGUGCUCUUUUUCCUCCUUUCUCCAGUUCCAGCAAGUGCAGUAAAAGAACUCCCUGAGGGCAAAAAAUAUGAAGUGGUUUAUCCUGUGAGACUUCAUCCAUUGAGUAAAAGAGAGACCAGAGAGCCAGAGCAAAAGGAAGCAUUUGAAACUGAGCUAAAGUACAAAAUGACAGUUAACGGAGAGGUUGCAGUGCUUUAUUUAAAAAAGAACAAAAAUCUCCUUGCACCAGACUACUCGGAAACAUACUAUAAUUCCAGAGGAAAACAGGUCACCACAAGCCCACAAAUCAUGGAUAGCUGUUACUACCAAGGACAUAUCAUAAAUGAGAAAGUUUCGGAAGCCAGCAUCAGCACGUGUCAAGGUCUUCGAGGCUACUUCAGUCAAGGCAAUGAAAGGUAUUUUAUCAAACCUUUGAGCUCGGAGAACCUGGAUGAACAGGCUCAUGCCCUCCUCAAGGAUGACCCCAGUGAAGUUCAAGAGAACAGCAGCUGUGGAGUGGAUGAUGUGUCGUGGCUACAAGGGCUGCAUCGGAAUGUGGUCCCACCUGCCACCAGACUGAUUAAGUUGAAUGAUGGGAUGGUUCAAGAACCUAAGAAAUACAUAGAAUAUUAUUUGGUCCUGGAUAACGGUGAGUUUAAGAAGUACAAUAAAAAUCUUACUGAAAUAAGAAAGAUAGUGUUUGAGAUGACCAAUUAUGUCAACAUGCUUUACAAAAAGCUUAAUGCCCAUGUGGCAUUAGUUGGAAUAGAAAUUUGGACUGACGGAGAUAAGAUAAAGAUAACACCAGACCCCAACACCACCCUGGAGAACUUCUCUAAAUGGAGGGGAAGUGAUCUGCUAAAACGAAAGCAUCAUGAUAUUGCUCAGUUAAUCUCCUCAACAGAUUUUUCUGGAUCAACAGUUGGCUUAGCUUUCAUGUCUUCGAUGUGUUCCCCUUAUCAUUCUGUUGGUGUCAUUCAGGACCACAGUAACUACCAUCUUCGAGUCGCAGGGACAAUGGCCCAUGAAAUGGGCCACAACCUCGGCAUGAUCCAUGACUACGUGAGUUGCAAGUGUCCAUCUGAAGUCUGUGUAAUGGAGCAGUCACUAAGGUUCCAUAUGCCUACAGACUUCAGCUCCUGCAGCCGUGUCAACUACGAGCAGUUUCUUCAAGACAAAUCAUCCCACUGCCUCUUUAAUAUCCCAUCGCCUUCAGACAUCAUAUCCACCCCAGUCUGCGGGAACCAGGUAGUAGAAAUGAGUGAGGACUGUGACUGCGGGACCCCCAAGGAGUGUACCAACAAAUGCUGUGACGCAAAGACCUGUAAAAUUAAAGCAGGUUUCCAGUGUGCCCUGGGAGAAUGCUGUGAGAAAUGUCGAUUUAAAAAGCCUGGGGUUGUGUGCAGAAUGGCAAAAGAUGAGUGUGAUCUGCCUGAAAUGUGUGAUGGUAAAUCCAGCCACUGUCCUGUUGACAGAUUCAGAGUCAAUGGUUUCCCUUGCCAAAAUGGGCACGGUUACUGCUUGAAGGGCCGCUGUCCCACCCUGCAGCAGCAGUGCCUGGACAUGUGGGGCCCAGGAACCAAGGUUGCAAAUAAGUCAUGUUACCAGCAGAAUGAAGGAGGGUCAAGAUAUGGCUACUGUCACAUAGAGAACAGCACACAUAUGCCCUGCAAAGCUAAAGAUGCCAUGUGUGGGAAGUUGUUCUGUGAAGGCGGGUCACGUGAUCUGCCCUGGAAAGGACUUACAGUGUCUUUCCUGACAUGUAAAUUAUUUGAUCCUGAAGACACCAGUCUAGGAGUAGACAUGGUGGCCAAUGGAACCAAGUGUGGAAAUAAAAAGGUGUGCAUUAAUGCAAAGUGUGUGGACAUGGAGAAAACGUACAAGUCGGCCAACUGCUCCUCGAAGUGCCAGGGGCAUGCAGUGUGUAACCAUGAGCUCCAGUGUCAAUGCAAGGAAGGAUGGGCCCCUCCUGACUGCGAGGAUUCUGCUACAGUCUUCCACUUCUCCAUUGUGGUUGGUGUGCUCUUCCCCCUGGCAGUCAUAUUUGUGGUAGUUGCUAUAGUGAUCUGGCACCAAAGUGCUAGAAGGAAGCAGAAGAGAGUUCAGAGGUAA